GUUGUUUCUUUUUUUUUUUUUUAUUCUUCUGGGAAAAUCUUUACCAUCCGUUUGGUUUUUGAGAAAGAGGGAGGGAAAAAAGAACAGAAAAUAAGGAAGGUUUUGAAUUAUUUUUUUGGGGUUUAUGGAGAAUCGAAAUACCCAACUCAAUUGGUUGAGUUAUAGUGUAUGUUUGGAGUCCCAGAUUUGGUCAGCAACUAAACACAUAAAAAUCGAAUCUUAAAUCAAUGGAUUUAGUAGUGCCUGCUGGUGUAAUAUUUUCAUCUGACGUAUGUUUACCGAAGAUUCUAGUUAUUUGCUAUGCUGUAGAGGAUGAUGAUCGAGUGAAGAGGUUUGAUUUGGAAUGGGGUUCCAUAUCCAUAAUGUAUUCGGAAUGGGGUUCCAUAAUAAAAUUUGUAUACAAUUGAUUGUGUUUUUAUGCGAAGAGGUUUGAGUUGUAUGUGUUUGGUAGUGAAUUUACAAUUUAGGCAUAUAUCAACUGCUCGUCUUGGAAUCAUAGAAAGCUGAAUUGAUGCAAACAGAUCGAAAAUGGGUGAUUUGUUACCCCACAAACAUGUGUUGAUUUCUGUUCUUUCAGGGAAAUUUGAAGAGUCCUAGUUCUGCUUGUUCAGGGUAAUUAUAUUCCUCAUGGUGGAUUGAUGUGUGGGUUUCUUUCUGAGAAAGGAUUUGUCACAAUUCAUAUCCAUUUCAAUUAGGUAGAUCCAAUAAACACAACUGGUGAACUUCUCAGUACGAUGAAUACCGAUCCCCUGAGUAACACAUCAUUGAACUGAAUGAUUUGGAAAUGGUGUUGCAUGGACACAUAACUUGCCUAUAUUUUUAUGCAAAGUGGAUUCUCCAAUUUUAUUGGGAUUUGCCUAUUGAACAUGAGCCAUGGAAUCCCUAGAUAGAUGUGUGAAUGAAUACCUAUUUAUAACAUGCGUAUCUACUCUCCAUUAACAAAUUAUGAUAUGUUCAAGGACACAUAUGGAUGUGUGCCAACACAUAUAUCAGAUAGGCUCAGGACAAGAUGAUGUAUUGUUGUAAAUCUAUCAUAAUUAUAAGAUAUCGCAUCUUCCCAGAAAACUUGGAAAUUUAGUUAUACUUAAAUAUAGGAGAAUCUUAAAAGCUACCUCCUUCCUGCCUAUAAAAUAAAUACAUGAACCACUACUUGUAUCCUUGCUUUGCGGUAUGCUUUGCUGACUUAAUGAAAAUGAGUAAGUGCUGCUUAUUGUCAUGGUGAAGGGGUUGAUUGAUCCAUGGUAGCUGCUGUUAGACUGUCAUCCCAUAAAGCCAUCACACUUGUUCAUUGCUCAUGAGAAUUUCAUGUCCAAAUCCAUAACAAAAUUGAUUAAGGAUAUGGGUUUGUGGACUCUACUGGAGGGCUGUCUGCUCAUUGCAAAUGCAUUGGCAAUAUUAAAUGAAGACCGAUUCCUGGCACCUAGAGGGUGGAGUUUCUCAGAAGUCUCAGGGGGCAGAACAAAGUCAUUUAAGGGGCAGCUUAUAGGUCUCAUAUACGCAACCCAGUACUUACGAGUUCCUCUGAUACUACUGAACUCCAUUUGCAUCAUCAUAAAGUUGGUGUCUGGGUGAUGUUGUUGCAGCAUUCCAUAGGGGUCCACCAGAUUGAUGGGCAUCUGCUUAACACAUCUUUUUGGCAGAUCAGAAGCAGUUGGUUCAGAACAUUGGGGAAUUCCUUUGCCAGAAAUGCCUUCUACAGUAGGCAGCCAUUAUAAGUUUGUUUUCAUAGCUGUAACAACUUAUUUGGGGUGUGAACUUUGUUGAUUUGGUUGUUAGUUUUUGUGCCAUUGAGACAACUUUUGCACCCUAUGAAUUGCAAGUGAGUUUGUUGAGGUAUCACUAUUCUGCUUCUUGCCUCAAUUUGUCCACAUUUAUUCAUCCAUUGGUUCAUCUACUUUGUUGAGGUAUGAAGCCUUAUGUAUUGGCCUUUUGUAUUGUUAAUUUCACUUUUGUACCUAACUGUGAUUAAAAAUUUAGAUAUAGCAUUAUCAUGGUAUUGAUUACCUAAAGUUUUCACUUC